AAAACGGAGGGUCGGCUCGUCCAAAGCAUCACAUCCACAGCGCCGAUUUCGCCAACCUCGGUCAACUACGCACCCCUUUGCAACUGAAUAUGCCAACACCGUUUUGAUGGAUGCCAUCGAUGUGGAAGCCUUUUCGCAGGCCUUCCAUGCAACAAGUCAACAGUGGCAAUGUUCUUGCAGUGUAGUGCACUUAACAUCUUCGUGAUUGCAGUUGAACUGUCCGGAAGGAGAAGUACUGGUUGGAAUCGAUGAGUUAUCAGAAUUUGGUGACCGAAAAUGUUAUCGACCUUAAUCGAAUGCAGGAAUUCGUCAUUGGGGCCGCGAAGGCGUCAAAGCUGCGGCGUGCGUCGGGUUUAGGAGUGGAACAGUUCCUUGCUAGCCUUGUGAGGUCGACUGCAGAGUCGGCGCGGCCGGCGAUAUCUAAGUUUCACGUUGGAGCUGUGGGUCUAGGAGUUAGUGGACGCAUCUACAAGGGUGUGAACCUGGAAUUUCCAAAACUUCCUUUGAGCCAUUCUGUGCAUGCCGAGCAAUUCCUCGUCGCAAAUGCGCUGCAACACGGCGAGACGAGAUUAGUGUUUAUCGCCGUAUCUACUGCUCCCUGUGGGCAUUGCAGGCAAUUUCUCCAGGAGUUGAGGGAUGCAGGCGACAUCCGGGUGUUGGUCACAAAUGGAAAGGAUUCUCAAGCGCACCCACUGUCGUACUUCCUCCCCCAUAGAUUCGGUCCAGAUGAUGUACUGUCCAAGGAAUUCCCACCUCUCCUCGAGUCAAGAAGUAACAGACUGAUUUUUUUAGCGAGUACAACAAACAGUGAAGACGAUUGCGACUUAUCCUGUGGGGUACACAACGACGACUCGACGGAUGUCACGAAGAAGCGUAACCUGACGAGGGAGGCCAGCUUCGGUUCCUGGCUGCGUGGCAGCAAGCGCUCAUUGCUAGACCUCAAACUCGCAGCUUUCAAUGCAGCCAAUGCGUCCUACGCGGUCUACAGCAGGUGUCCUUCGGGAGUAGCCCUCGUAACCAGAAACGGCGAAGUCUACAGCGGCUCUUACAUCGAAUCAGCCGCCUACAACCCAGGACUUCCUGCUCUCCAAGCCGCGAUCGUGUCAUUCAUUUGUGGAGGAGGCACAGACUACGAGGAAAUCGACACCGCCAUUCUGGUCGAGACGAGAGACGCAAUUGUGCAGCAAGCUUCUACAGUCCGUCUCACCUUGCAGACCAUCGCCCCGCAAGCCAACUUCCGUCAUUUCGAAGCUGACGCUCACAAAAGUGAGUAGUGAGCCUCAGAAUCAUCAGCUUCAAACCUCAUUCUUCUUCUCCUCCGCUUAGCUCCACCACGAGAUCCUCUUCUUCUUCACAAUUUUGUACAUAGCAUAAUGCCGCAUACGCAAUGCCAGGGCAAUGCUCUCUCAAAGCUUCUCCUCCUCCUCCUCACCGCAGGUAUGAGUCCAUCAUGCUCCUCCGCCUUGCAAAACCCACACCACUCAUACUUCACAAAUUAGGGUUUGACGCCGAGCUUGUAUUAAAGAAGAAGAAGACAGAAAUCAUAGCAUUACGAGGAUUACUUUACAUCCAAGGAAUCCUAACUAAGUUGCUCUUGAUGAUCAAGUUAUUAACAUCUCCAUUUGUAGAAGUUUCUAUGAUACCAUGAUAGCUAGGAUUAAAUAUAAGGAAAUAUGGAUUAUGAUACUAGAGGCUAGAAUUGUUAAGGAACAACUCAUUUUAAGAGUUUGAUGGAAACAUGUAAACCAUUAAAAAUAGUGGUGAAUGGACACAAUAAAGUUCUAUGAUUUUCAAGAGAUU